AAAUAAAUAAUAAAAAAAAAUGUAUCUGGCCUCCGUGAGCAGGAAUACGGAAGCACAGCGGCUUGGCUGGGGCUUUAAAUAUCCGCAGACGUGCUGGUGCGGAUGCGCGGUAGGUAGGCGGACAAACAAGAGCGCACAAUGCGCACUGGAGACGCAUUAAUAGUUCCGCCUCGGGGCUGUUUAAACAGCGGCGACCAGUCAGCCAGCGGCAGGUCACAUGUUGCAGCGUCAUUGUGUAGUAAAGUUACACUUCUUGCACAGGGAUCCUCAUUCCAGCUCCAGAGCUCUCGCUCGCUCUCGCUCUCACUCUCGCUCUCAUCCUGCUGCCGCCGCGCCGCUGAAAAACCAUGCGACAAGUUGAGUUUCAGACAAUCGCCAGAGGAGCCGCGCAGCCAUGGGAGUGCAUUACCUCAGCCGUGCAAUUUCCACCAUCAAUAAUUUAAUCUAUUUGCUCCAAAGCUGAAGAGAUAUCGGGAGAGUCAGGAAGGGAAAUAACCGCUCAAUCACUCGGGGAGUUGACCAGAACAUCCCAGAUGACACUGUCCUGUUGAAUGGUCUGUUUUUACGACUGGGCAGCGAAAGUUCCACCAGGUUAGAAGAGUGAUGACCAUCCUGUUCCUUGCUAUGGUUAUUUCAUACUUCAGUUGCAUGAGAGCUAUGCCCCUGAGAGACGCCCCAGGCAUGAGGGGCCAUCGGACGGAAGGCUACUUGGGCGCUGCUGCGACGGCCACCAGAGGCCACGGGACUCCACAGAGCGGUGGCGGGCUAGGUCAGCGCGGGGAAUUGCCUUCGCUGACAGACACCUUUGAGCAGGUGAUAGAGGAGCUCCUGGAAGUGGAGGGAGAGGCGGCACAGCUGGGACAUGGGGCUGAUAAGAGCCAGGGAGGUGGGGGUCCAUCAUCUGCGGUCGCCACGGAGACCAAGGAUGUGGACCUGUACGACUCACGAGUGAUGAUCAGCAACCAAGUGCCUUUGGAGCCCCCCUUACUCUUUCUGCUGGAGGAAUACAAAAACUAUCUGGAUGCUGCUAACAUGUCCAUGAGGGUGCGACGACACUCUGACCCCUCGCGCCGCGGAGAGCUCAGCGUGUGUGACAGUAUUAGCCAGUGGGUGACUGCUGUGGACAAAAAGACAGCGAUUGACAUGUCUGGGCAGACGGUCACCGUCAUGGAGAAGGUCCCUGUCCCCAACGGCCAACUGAAGCAAUACUUUUAUGAGACCAAAUGUAACCCCAUGGGGUACACGAAGGAGGGCUGCAGAGGAAUUGACAAGCGGCAUUAUAAUUCUCAAUGCAGGACAACCCAGUCCUACGUGCGAGCGCUUACCAUGGAUAGCAAAAAGAAGAUUGGCUGGCGGUUUAUAAGGAUAGACACUUCCUGUGUAUGCACAUUGACCAUUAAAAGAGGGAGAUAGUGUAUAAAAUGUAUAGAUUUUAUUGAAGAGUUUAAAAAAGAGAAUAAAGAGAAAAUAUCUAUUUGUAUAUAUACAUAACAGGGUAAAUUAUUCCGUCAGAUGAAAAUUUUAUGGACUGCAUGUAAAAAAAGAUGAAGUUUAUACAGUAAAAGUGAUAUUACAGUCUAUUUAUUGAACAUAUUCAUGACCUUGUAAACAAUUAAAAAAAAUCUGAUCAGUCAUUUGCGCCCAGUUUAAAUUACUAUAUCACAUUUCUCAAGACCUUGUGAUUUGUUUAUGUUGCCAAGAAAUUUGGAGAUGAAGGAAGAGAGAGGGGAAAAAAACAACAACAACCACGGCAAGGAAAGAUGACAGAGGACACUUCCAUCGUCAAAAGCUUGCAUGCUGCUUCAAUUGUGAAUUGAAAAAUUCUACACUUUCUGGAAAUGCUGACCAAAAAAGAAAAAAAAAAAAAGAAAGAAACAUUCCGUACUUAGCGGAAAAAAACGACAAAUUUAUCUGUUUACUGUUCAAAACUUCCUAAGGUAAUGUUGGAAUACAUAAUAUGUCAAGGUGCUGUUGUCAAAGCUUUGCUGUUUAUUUUUUUAUCCCCACCAGAAGAAAAGAUAUAUUUAAGAAUAUUUAAGUAUAUAUUUAUACUGUAUACUGUGGACAGUACACAGUAUAUAUAUUUACAUAUAUGUUGGGUUAAUAUUCUUGAUUUUGUAUGUUGUGAAGUUGUUUGCAAUAUUAAACUGAAAAUAUUUGAAGAAAUAAAAAUGAUUAUAGGCAACUGAAAAAAAAACUAAUUCAAUGUUGAUAAAGUUUCAACAACCUAUUUGGGGGCAGACAGCUUUAUUGAAGAGUCAAAGACCCGAUUUCACACAUCUACCGCUGAACCAUCGAGGCCAAGUCGAGGCUAGUGAUCCAAAAUGCUUGAUAGAUUGAUUGUUGCUAAAACACUCAUACAUUUGGGUCAAUAAGAUGGAAAAAUGUCUCUUGCAGUUAUGGACCUUAAAAAAAAGAAAAAGAAAAAAAAAGGUUCUUGUUUAUUUUGAGGAGGGAAUGGCGUACUCACACGCAGGUGUUCAAAGACAGAAUCCAGCCUCACAUGGAACAUUUCCCAGACAUGAAAACACAUUACAAGCACAGCGCCCGCUCAUGCAAGUGAGGACUAGUACAUCUAGGCCACAAGGGCAUAUGAAGCAGCGAUGACAGCGAUGAAUCCAUCCGCUCAUACAUUUGUGUACACUGACAAUAUACACCCAACGUUGGAUUGGUGCAUGCUAAUCCCAUCAUUUAAUCUUGGACAAAAGCACAAUCAUCCGGCCUUCAUAUGCAGCUGCAGUCGCUCGGAUCCGACCUGAUAUUUGGUUUGCUCAACUCUCACAUGCUUUCUACAGGUUAUAACUCAACAGUGAUGAAGAAAACAGAAGGAAUUUCCAAGUCAUGAUGGCACAGACCUUUUCUCGCUUUCAUGUGAUCAAGCACUAUCAAAAGGAUUUGUUUAGAGGAAGCUGCGGCAAAUAAAGAAAAACAAUGGGACCAACCGCUAGGUCUGAGCCAUUUGUGUUACAACACAUCCUCCACUUGAAGGUAAGUCUGACCUUCAAACCACAGUGGAACCGGAAUUUUGAAGCGGUGCCAAUGAGAUGCAUGAAAUCACAACCAAAAUGCUCCUUGGAUUUCCUUGGACCCCCCAGAAGAACGCAAAGUCACUGUGAGUAGCUGCUAAUGGCUGUGAAGUCAGGUCCAAAACAGAGUCUGUGUGAUUUAAGAUUAAUGUGCACAGUGAUUCCCAAAUAAUCUGUUGUCAUGGACUAGAUUUACCGGGAUUUAAUGCCAUGGCCCAUAAACUUUUCGUCACUGCAGCCAAACAAAGAGGGAAAAAUUCCACCUUAAGACAGAAAUUCAGCCUGCAAGUCUGAACGCAAUCCAAUCCUCUUCAUACAGACACAAUGAAUCAAACUUUCAACAAGCAUUUUUAACAAUAUCCAAGCUGCGGAGUGAAUAUCAAGCCGGAGCCUGAAGCUAUUUCUGUUGAACAAGGCUGCACCACCAGAAACCCCCUUCACCAGUUGCUCACUUGAUAAAUUAAUAAGGAACACUGACUUUUGUUUCAGCAGUGACAGAAGUGGGGUGUGUUGUCUUCGGUGACCAUCAAUCAUUCAUGUGCAUAAAUCUUCUCGAAUAACAUACAAUUUCACUGUGGUUGAAGAUAACAACCCGCGGAAAGCCAGAUAAUCAAAACACACCUCCCUGAAAUUCAGCGUGUCAUUCGACUGCGUUUUUUUGCAUCGAAACCAACUAAAUCACUCAUCUUA